CCUGCCUGUUCUGACACGGUCCCCACUGCGCGGUGUACGCGAACGCUCCUGUGUGUCACGCAUUCCCUGGGAAUCCCCCGUGGUUUCACGGAAUCCCGGCAACAUCGGCUGUGCUUCCCGGGAAUUGCUUCGGACUGGGUGUUCCCGCGGCAGGGAUUUCUCCCCGCUGGUGAUCGGCGCGGCAGCGACGAGAUCUCCCCACCUCAGUGAAUCACCGUGUGUCGAGGUGGGGGCUCCGGCGGCGGGUGCGCCGCCAAUCCCGGGGUCACCCCCACGCCAGGGAUUCCCAGCGUCGGGAGUUGCCCCGCUCCCCGUCCGGCGACUAUAUCCAAAGAUUGGGAGAUCUUGAAGUCUGUAUUCCCUCUGACAGAAAACUGUGCCAAUGGCCAGGUUGGAGUGGAGAACCUUCUUGUCCCCUCUCGUGGGGACUGGAAUCCAGAUCACAUUAUUCAUGAUGAUCCUUUGGGAGGCAGAAGCAACUGACACUCAAGACCCUGAUGCUCCUUCCAACUUGACAUGUUUUGGGUCCUUCCAAUGUAACCGUGGAAUCAUACUCCCAGUAUGGUACCCACAAAAUCCAUCUUUAGGAGACAAGGUUGCCAGGGCCAUUGUCUACUUUGUUGCAAUGAUGUACAUGUUCCUUGGAGUCUCCAUCAUAGCCGACCGCUUCAUGGCGUCCAUUGAGGUCAUCACUUCACAGGAGAAAGAGAUUACAAUCACUAAACCCAAUGGAGAGACUAGCAUAGCCACUGUUCGAAUCUGGAACGAGACUGUGUCCAACUUGACACUGAUGGCACUGGGCUCGUCAGCUCCAGAGAUCCUUAUGUCACUCAUUGAAGUGUGCGGGCAUGGCUUUCUGGCUGGAGAAUUGGGGCCUGGCACCAUUGUUGGCAGUGCAGCAUUCAAUAUGUUUGUCAUCAUUGCUGUGUGUGUCUACUGUAUCCCUGAUGGUGAAGUUAGGAGAGUCAAGCACCUGCGGGUGUUCUUUGUCACUGCCUCCUGGAGCAUUUUUGCCUAUAUCUGGAUGUACCUGAUCCUGGCAGUUUUCUCCCCAGGUGUGGUCCAGGUUUGGGAGGCAUUACUGACCCUCCUCUUCUUCCCAGUUUGCGUGGUCUUCGCCUGGAUUGCUGACAAGAGGCUUCUCUUCUACAAGUAUGUCUACAAAAGGUACCGUGCAGACAAACGCAGAGGCAUCAUUAUAGAGACCGAAGGGGAGCUUCCCAAAGGGAUUGAGAUGGAUGGCAAAAUGAUCCUGGAGCACGGAGACGGUGUUCUCCCUGAUGGAACUGUGAUCACUCUGGAAGCCAAGGACCUGGAUGAGAGUCGAAAGGAAGCCAUCCGCAUCCUUAAAGACCUCAAGCAAAAGUACCCGGAUCGAGAGCUGGAACAACUGGUUGAGAUGGCCAAUUACUAUGCCUUGCUCCAUCAACAAAAGAGCAGAGCUUUCUACCGCAUUCAGGCCACUAGGAUGAUGACUGGUGCAGGCAACAUCUUGAAGAAACAUGCCGCCGAUCAUGCCAAGAAGACAACCCACCUUAACGAGGAGAAGUCUGAGCCAGGUGAAGAGCUGUGCAGCAAGAUCUGCUUUGAACCGGCAAACUACCAGUGCCUGGAGAACUGUGGACUCGUCACCCUGACUGUGGUGUGCAGGGGUGGGGAGCAGAACAGCACCUUCUACGUAGACUAUCGGACGGAGGACGGCUCGGCCAACGCUGGCUCGGACUAUGAAUACAGCGAGGGCACCUUGAUCUUCAAGCCAGGGGAAACCACAAAAGACAUCACCGUGGGCAUCAUUGACGAUGACAUAUUUGAGGAAGAUGAACAUUUCUUUGUCCGCCUGGGGAAUCUCAGAAGUGGAGAUGCCGAGGGCAUGUUUGACUCUGAUUCAACUGACUUUCCCAAGGGGCGUCUCGUCUCUCCCUUGACUGCCACGGUGACGAUCCUGGACGAUGACCACGCUGGCAUCUUCACCUUUGAAGAUAAAGUCCACCAUGUUAGUGAGAGCGUUGGUGUGAUGGAGCUGAAGGUCCUGAGGACAUCUGGAGCCCGAGGGACGGUAAUCAUACCGUACCGCACAGUGGAAGGCACAGCCCGUGGUGGAGGAGUGGACUACGAGGACGCUUAUGGGGAGCUGGAAUUCUUGAAUGACGAGACAGUGAAGACCAUCCAGGUGAAAAUUGUGGAUGACGAGGAGUAUGAAAAGCAGGAAAACUUCUAUGUUGUCCUGGAGAAGCCAAGGUGGAUGAAACGUGGCAUUUCAGCUCUCUUACUGGCCGACGAUGAAGCCAAUAAAAAACUGACUGCAGAGGAAGAGGAAGCCCGACGUAUUGCAGAGAUGGGAAAGCCUAUCCUGGGGGAGCAUUCCAAGUUGGAAGUCAUUAUUGAAGAGUCAUAUGAAUUUAAGAGUACAGUGGACAAGCUGAUAAAGAAAACAAACCUGGCUCUGGUGAUAGGCACACAUUCAUGGCGGGAGCAGUUUAUGGAGGCCAUUACAGUUAGUGCUGGUGAUGGCGAAGAUGAUGACGAUGCCCGGGAGGAGAAACUGCCUUCAUGUUUUGACUACGUCAUGCAUUUUUUGACCGUUUUUUGGAAGGUUCUCUUUGCCUUUGUCCCUCCCACGGAGUACUGGAAUGGCUGGGCCUGCUUUGUCAUCUGCAUGUUUGCGAUUGGCUUACUUACGGCUUUCAUCAAUGAUCUGGCUUCACAUUUUGGCUGCACAGUGGGGCUGAAGGAUUCUGUUACUGCUGUGGUUUUUGUGGCACUUGGCACUUCUAUACCAGAUACUUUUGCCAGCAAGGUUGCAGCACUGCAAGACCAGUAUGCAGAUGCCUCCAUUGGGAAUGUAACUGGAAGCAAUGCUGUAAAUGUGUUCCUGGGUAUUGGAGUGGCUUGGUCUGUUGCUGCCAUCUACUGGGCUUCUAAGGGGGAGGAGUUUAAAGUGCAUCCUGGCUCACUGGCUUUUUCUGUCACACUUUUUACCAUCUUUGCCUUUGUCACUAUCAGUGUUCUCCUGUACAGAAGACGACCACACAUAGGUGGUGAACUUGGAGGUACACGCCGUGGAAAGAUCCUGACCUGCACCAUAUUUGUGAGCCUUUGGUUGCUGUAUGUUGUGUUUUCAGCCCUGGAGGCCUAUUGCCAUAUUAAGGGUUUCUAAACUGAGGAACUUUCUUUCAUCUGUAAAGAAUGAGCUCCUGCCAGAGCUGUUAAAGGGAUCAAGAGGCAGCCUGACAUAUUCCAAACUCAGAGAAGGUACUUUCUCAGCACGGAUCAUAAACCAGACCUUUACUGGUAGAGAAUAAAAAGGCAAAAUCUAUCUGUUGAGUUUUUUUGCCUUACCAAAAGGUUCUAACAAUGGCUGUAGCCAGCAGUCAAAACAUCAAGAAACCAUCUGAAAUUGUUUUUUUUUAUUCUAAUGGAUUUAAACUUUUUUUUACAUCUCUGAACUCAGCUUGCUAUAUUAUGAAUGUUGAGAAAGAAUCAGCCAUUGAAGAUAAUGUUUUAGUAUUGUAUAGAACAAACAGCUAGCAACUUUGGUCCACAAUAUCUAAGUGUCUUUACUUGUAUCGUUGUAAUAAUUCAUCUCACUGAAUAAGCUGUUCCAGUACCUGUUCAUUUAAUUUGAACAGCAGAAAGGUAAAUCAUGAUACUGGUCAUAAAAUAAUGGGAGAAAAUCUGCACCUCACUAUGAAGGUGAAUAUUUAUUAAUGUGUACAGUAGGCUAGGUGUACUUUUGUCUUGCUGUAAAAGUUGGUGUACAAGUUGCAUCCUGAUACUAAGUUUGUUUGUAAAAGUAACAUACACACUUGCCCAACUUUUUCUAAAAUUAGUGUAGAAUCUAAAUUCAUGGUAACUUUUCCUGUGGUAAAUUUCAUCUAUUAAAGUCGCUACACUCACAAAUAAUUUACAAAAUUGUCUCGCUUUCUCCUUUUAAAUAUCCAGUGUCCAGAUUAGACUGCCUCACUCUGAAAACACUUGCCAAAACAUUAUCAUUAAGACCAUGGAUAAGUGGAUUAAUCACAGAUCCAAACUGACCUUACUCUUAGUAUAAGCAAAUUUGGUGUCCAUCAUUCCAAACUAAUUGUGAUGGACAAAAUUCUAAAAUGGUAGGUCAGAAGAUAAAGAUUUUCUCAUUCUUACCAAAGUACGAGAUGGUGCAAUGGUACUUGAAUAAACUACACCAGCUCCCAUGGUUCAUAACAGCUUGGGAGUAACAUAAUAUUUAUCGUUGGUAAUUUCACCAAUCUUAUCUGGUCAGAUCAAUUCACUGCUCUGUUCCAUUUUACUCUCUGAUUUUAGGAUACAAAACAUGAAAUAACUAUUUGAACAAGCAUAUGCAGUUAAGCUUGGUCCAAUUCUGCCUGUUACUUGCAUCUGAACUGAUGUAAAGAAUCUAAACUGACAGACCAGUGAAGUACUGAGGGAAUGCACAUUGUCAGAGAUGCUAUCUUUUGUUGAGAUGUUAAAUCAAGCCUCUGCCUGCCUCUUCAAGCAGAUAUAACAGAUCCCAUAGUGCUAUUUUUAAAAAAAAGGGAGGUCAUGUCUUCAUUUCCCCUCCAAUAUUUAUUCCUCGGUCAACAUCAUAAAACAAGAUAACUAUUCUUUAUAAGGUUUCCACUUCUAGGAGCUUGUUAUAGUUCCUAGAUUUAGAGAUUGCACUUCAAAAACAUCUAAUUGGUUAUAGUGUGUUUUGGGGCACCCAGGACUUCUGAAACUAUAAAUGUCUUUCUGAUGUAUACACAGAGAAUGUACAGUUGUGAAAUGUGUGCAUGCAUCUGUACAAAAAAAAUCUUUGAACCCUCUGUGACUGUAAGAGCCAAAUGUAUAAAGUGUUCAAUCUA